AGUUGUGUGCCGGUCUUUUACUCUGUAGUAGUACUAAUAGUAGUAGUAGUAGUAGUACUUGCAUGCUGUGAGAGAAGGCAGAAGGGUAAAACAGGCAGUCAGUUCGCGCGGGUCUGUCGUGCCGUGAAUUUCCUUUCCUUCGUUUUUCAAAAGGGGAUCGCGCAAACCACCCCUUGUGCCGGUACAGUGAUUAUUGUGGAGGUGGUUUAAAAAAAGGUGGCCGGAAAUCUGAAAGGAAAAAAAUCAAAGUAUCUAAAUAAAGGGGUGUGUGUAUGUGUGAACUAAAAUUGAAAAUAAUUUUUUGAUUUUUUAAUAUUCAACCCCUUUGCGAAAGAAGGUAGAGUCGCGCGCAUGUCAAUGCCGGAAAACUCAAGAAAGAUACUAAAUAUCACUGGAGUUGAAAUUCUAUAUAUUUAUACAUAGGGGAGUGUGUGUUUCGUUUUCUCUCAUGGGUUUUCUGUUUGGAAAGAAGGUCAACGAUCGAUCGUUGUUUGUUGAAAAAGGUCGGAACGGGGAACAUCAGUGACACAUUCACCGGUCUUUGUCGACAUUAACGCCACCUUUUUUCGCUAUGGAAAAAGCGGCUUGGAAUUAGAAUUCUGGAGUUGGAUUAACAUUUAUAAUUUUAUGCCUUGGAAUAAAAGAAGAGAGUAAUUCUAAUAAAAAUUUUCAAUUUCAACUGGUAAAAUUGUACUCUUCCUUUUCUAAUAAUUAGAAAAGGAAUUCUGGAAAUUAUGAACGAAAUGAGCCGUUCUUAUCGUGAGGUGAGGCGACAUCGUGCACGACGUCGCCGAUGACCGGACACCCCAAAACAGUAAUUUCCCCUAAAUUCUAGAAUAGUUUCUAAAUUUACCACCGGGGAGACAGACAAAGAAGAGGAAAGAGUUUGCCGUAGCCAGGCAACGUAAAAGAGGAAACAACUAGAGGGAGAAGGAGGAGAAGGAAGAAAAGGAAGAGACGGAAGGAAAGGAAGAGAAAAUUAAGGGGGUGGGGGGGAGAUUGCGCCCAAGAGAGAAUGUCCAGAGACCCCUAUUCAAGUGGAAGCGGCGUGGUCGUCGGUGGUCCAGGAGGUGGGACACGUUCUCCACGUAGUGGUCGUCGUGUUGGAGAAUUGCCGACUGUCGAUCGUAGUCCAUCGAGAAGUUAUGCCAGUGGACGAGGUAGUCCAUUGGGCCGUAAACGUGGUACCCGAAGUGGUAAUAAUUCACCGGAACAUCUCGGUUACGGAAGUUACCACCAUCAUGCGCUAGGGAGUCCAUAUUAUUCACGUGACGAGGACCUUGGCAGUCCUGUGAUGAUUGACGAACGUGGUAGGAGUAUGUCAACUGGUGCUGGUGUUGUUCAUCAUCGUUCAAGAAGUGCAUCACGGCCAGCAAUGUCGAGCUCAAUUGGUUUAACUGCUCGUUACACGAGUCUUGAUCGUGCAUCGGCGGGUAUUCUUGAUCAUGAUCGGGAAUUUGUGCCAAUUCGUGAUCCAAGGGAGCGUAGUCGUGAUCGUGGUUUAUAUCUUGACGAUGAUAUCUACAGUACAAGAUCAGCGCGACAAAGUCCAAAUACACAUAUGUUACGCGAUGGUGGUAAUUACAUUGGUGAGCUGCAACAUCAGAAUAAUGAUCUUCAACGCGAAUUGGGUAAUCUGAAAAAGGAAUUGGAACUGACGAAUCAAAAACUUGGUAGCUCAAUGCAUAGUAUCAAGACAUUUUGGAGUCCUGAGCUGAAGAAGGAACGUCAGCUGAGAAAAGAAGAGAGCACCAAGUACAGCCUCAUUAAUGAGCAGCUCAAACUUCUCAACUCGGAAAACCAGAAACAAAGCAUGAUGGUUCGGCAACUGGAGGAGGAGCUGAGGCUGCGGAUGCGAGGCCCGAGCAUUGAAUUGCAGCAGCAGAUGGAAGUUUUAUACAACGAAAACGAGCAUCUUACUCGCGAAAUUGCCAUACUUCGCGACACGAUAAAGGAACUGGAGCUAAGGAUAGAGACGCAAAAGCAAACGCUGCAAGCUCGGGAUGAAAGCAUCAAGAAGCUCCUCGAAAUGCUGCAAAACAAGGGAAUGGGAAAAGAGGAAGAGAGGAUCAUGUUCCAGCAGAUGCAGUCCAUGGCCCAGAAGCAGCUUUCUGAGGAGCUUGAUGAACUUAGAACAGAAGUGCAGCGUCGGGACCAGGAACUUUUAGGGAUGUCUGCCAAAAUGAGGACCUUGGAGGAACAACAUCAGGACUAUCAGAGACACAUAGCCGUCCUUAAAGAAUCUCUUUGUGCUAAGGAGGAACAUUACAAUAUGCUCCAGGCGGAUGUGGAAGAAAUGAGACAACGACUAGAGGAAAAAAAUCGUCUAAUCGAGAAGAAAACACAGCAGGCAAUGCAAGCGCAACAAGAGAGAAAUCGUUUCAACACAGAAUUAACUGAACUCAAGGAUCACAUGGAUAUCAAGGAUCGUAAAAUUAACGUUCUUCAACGCAAGAUUGAGAAUUUGGAAGAUUUACUAAAAGAAAAGGACAAUCAAGUGGACAUGGCACGAGCACGUUUGACGGCAAUGCAAGCGCAUCAUUGCAGUAGUGAAGGUGCAUUAAGUAGUCUCGAAGAAGCAAUUGGUGACAAAGAAAAGCAAAUGGCUCAAUUGCGAGAACAGAGAGAUCGCGCUGAACAAGAGAAACAAGAGGAACGAGAACUCCAUGAACGUGAAAUUGCCGAGUAUAAAAUGAAAAUCCACGCUCUUGAAUCAGAGGUGGAGAAACUUGGUGCUCGUUUAGAGAGAGCUUUAGCAGAGAAGGAUCGUCUCGAGGCAAAAUUAGAAAGUUCACAAUCUGAAUUGGGUAAAAGUAAAGCUGAGCUUGAUAAGGCAGCAUCUGAAGUUGGACGCAGCGGUGCAGAUUGGGAGGCUGCCAAACAAAAAUUGACAAGACUGGAGCUUGAGAAUGAAAGGCUGAGGCAUGACAUCGACAGGUCACAGUCCAGUUUUGGCAGAAAUACAAUCAACUCCUCGCAGGAAAUGGAUAGAGUUCAAGAGCGUGCUGAAAAAGCGUCCACUGAUCUCAGAAGAGCUCAGGCUGAACUCAGAGUCACUCAGGCCGAUAAUGAGAGGGCCAGAUCUGAAGCUGCUGCUCUUCAAGAGAAGGUGGAGAAGAGUCAAGGUGAAGUCUAUCGACUCAAGGCAAGACUGGAGAAUGCCCAGACUGAACAAGAAAGCCUUCGCGACGAGUACGACCGGGCACAGGCAACUGUAGCUCGGUUGCACUCCGAGCGUGAUAAGGCUGUGGGUGAGCUUGAAAAAGCUCAGGAAGAACUUGAGCGGACUCAAGCUACCCUGGGCAAAGCUCAACUUCAACAAGAUAAAAUACAAAAUCUCCUUGACAAAACUCAAAGCGAAGUUGACAAACUCCAAGAGAAAUUGGACAAGUCCCAAACGGAAAUUCGAAGGAUGCAAAUGGAGAGAGAAAAACAAAACUAUGACUUUGAGAAUGUUCAAAGUCAGUUGGAUAAAUCUCUUGGUCAGGCAACGCGAAUGCAAAAAGAACGAGAAACAAUUCAAUUGGAAGUUGAACGUCUUCAGGAUAAAUACGAAAAAGCUCAGAUUAUUAUGCAACGACUACAAAAGGAGCGAGAUAACUUCCAAGAGGAAAUGGAAAAACUGCAUGAACGACUGGAAUUCCAACAAAGCCAGACUGCAAAAUUGCAGCGGGAUAAGGAAAAUGCUUUGUCGGAGCUAGAGUUAGUGAAAGACCGAUGGGAAAAGACUCAUACAUCUCAUCAAAAAAUAUGCCUUGAAAGAGACGAUGCUUUAACGGAAAUUGAAAUCUUGAAAGACAAGAUGGAGAAAAUUCAGUAUUCUCUGAACAAAGCUCACGAGGAACGAGAAAGCAGCAAUAAAGAAUGUGAAAAAUUAAUGGAGAAAUAUGACAGAUCGCAGAGUGAGUCGUACCGACUGCAAAAUCGAAUCGACGUUCUCGAAGCGGACAAGGAUCGUUUGGAAUUGGAAGCGGAGAAACAACAGAUGCUGGGUUCAAAGAGCAGAGAAGAGGCGCGUAAGGCGCAAGAGGAAUUGGCACGCAUUCAGGAGAUGUACGACAGAGCAGCACUUCAACUUGGCAGAACCAAGGAACAUGAGGAGAAAUCCAAGGAGGAUCUCGAUCGUUUGACAGUUGAUUUAGAAAUGGUUCGCGAGAGGUACGAGAAAUCGCAAAUUGAGAUGCGUCGUUUGCAAAAUGAGCGUGAGAAACUUGUCGCUGACAACGAGAGGAUAAGCUUUGAGCUUGAGCGAGCACAAUCGCAAUUGCACAAGGCUCAGGCGGCCACUGAGAAGACACAAGAGGAACUCGCACGGAUGCAACUUGAAUUGGAGAAAAUGUACGAGAAACACGAUCGACAACAGGCGGAAGUUCGUAAGGCGCAAGCUGAGGCUGAGAGAUUACGAGCUGAUGCCGAGAGUUCACGUGACGAGAGCGAGAGGUACGCGGCACGUUUUGGAAAAUAUCAGGAGAACACCGAACGUCAGAAGGACGAGUACGAGCGAGCGAAGCUGGAUAAUGAGAGGCUGCGAGAUCGGCUUGAGAAGACAGUGGCGGAGCUCGAUAGAGCGCGAAAGGCAGAGCAGGAAGCCUCAAGAUUGCGAGCCGAUUUGGAAAGGGAGCAAGGCGUUCGAGGUAAAUACCAAUACGAGCAUGAGAAGUGGCAGAGCGAGGGUGGUAAACUCCAGCAGGAUCUGGAAAGGACCAAGGAGCGUCUGGAAGCGCGUGAUAACGAGCUCAAACGAUCGCAGUCGACAAUUGCUGAUCUCGAGACGAAAUUGCACGAGUCACAAUUGCAGCUCGAUAGAUGCCGUGAGGAGGCAAAUAAAGUGCGUCAAGCGGAGGAAAAGAAUCGUGCCGAAAUCGAACGUGCUAGAAUUGAGGCCGAGAAGAUCAAGGAUCGCUAUGAUAAGAUGAAGGUACGAGCUGACGCACUCGAGGCCGAUAAUGAGAAACUUCGAGUUGAGAUCGUCCGUUUGGAGAGGCUUAUGCAAACCGAGGGGAAAACAAGAUCAGAGAGUGCAAGUAUCGAGGUGGAGAGGCUGAGGGCGAGUCUCGAUAAGGCCAUCACCGCUAGGGAUCAAGUCGAGCUUGAGGCUGGUCGUCUUGCUAAAGAAUUGGAGAAAUCACAAAUGCAUAUCAAGAAAUUCCAGGAGGCAGGUGAAGUCGCCAAGAAGGAACUCGAGAGAUUGAACAGUGAAGUGAAUCUUUCGCGAGAGGAGAGAGAUGCCCUGAGACAGGAGUUGAGGAAAAGUCAGCAACAUCAUCAAAUGGCUGGCAAUGAGGAGAUUGCACGUCUUCAGCAUGAUCUUCAGCUGGCGCAGAGGGAUCGCGACAAACUCGCGGCAAUUCACGAAAAUCGUGAGAAACACGCCGAGAAGGUUGAAAAAGCUAAAGAGAAAUUGGAAGCCGAAGCAAAACAGUUGCAGGUCGAGAGGGAUCAAUUAGUCAUUCAAUUGGAGAAGUCCCAAGAUAUGUUGAUGAAUUUCCGGCAGGAAUUAAACACGAGCGAGGCCGAGGGUGAGAAACAACGGGAGGAGGUGAUCAGACUUCAGCAACAGGUUCAGCAAUUGCAGCAGCUGCAGCAGAGAGCGCAAUCACAAACUCCGGAUCGAGCUGCACAGGAGGCGAUGGAGGCUCAACUUCGUGAGGUUCAUCGUCUAACACAGCAGGUUCAGACUCUCACCCAAAAUCAGAAUAAGGAGAGGCAACGCGCCGAAAUGGCAGAGAAGACUAUACAGGAGCUUCAGAAGCAACUCGCUGCCGCAGCAUCGGGAACUCCUGCGUCCAAGGAGCAAAUUGAACAAUGGCGGAAGAUGUGCGAGACAGAAAAGCAGAGGGCUGACACUGCUGAGAAGAGGGUGCAGACAAUGGAGAGGCAGUUACACGCUCAUCAACAACAAAUUCAACAGAUGCAGGCGAAUCUUCAUCAGAAUCAAAAUCAACAAAAUGGAUCUGAAGCUGCGAGAUUGCGAAAGGAAUUGGAUCGUGCGCGAGAGGAAGUUCAGCAAGCGACAGUUGAACGUGAACGAUUCCAGGCACAAAUUGAGAUGUUGUGUCAGGAGCUGCAGAAAAAUCAGGUGGAUCUUCACGAAGCAAACAAGAAACUUCAAGCAUCACCCGCGAAAGCUGGCGGCGAUACUAAUCAGCAACAAAAGCAAUUGGAGGAUCAGAAACGUCAAGUGGAAGAACAAAAGAAGCACAUGGAUGAGAAAGCAAGAAUGGUCGAUCAAAAAGCAAGAACGAUAGAAGAAAAAGAGAGAUCUCUUCAGAAUCUCGAUCAGGAAUUAAAGAAACGAAAGGCCAAAAUGGACCAACUUGAACAACAGUUGCAAAAGAGCGGAGGUUCACCAGACAAAAGAAUGGUGGAAUUGCAAAGAACAUUGGAAAAUGCAGAAAAAGACUUGGAAAAGGCGAGAGAAGAAGCCGGAAGAAGUUCUGCAGAAACGGAGAGAUUAUUGCAAUUGAUGCAAAUGACUCAAGAGGAGCAGAACGCAAAGGAGAAACAAAUUAGAGAUCUUCAAGAAGCACUGAAAGCUGCACAAGCCAAAUUAAAAGCGACAGCCGCUCAGCAACAAGAGACCCCAUACGCGAGGAAUCUUCUUGACCAAUCGGGAUCCAGUGAUGGAAAAUCGGAUGGACGAGAAACCUGGAAGCGUGAUAUUGAAACGAAAAAUCGCAAAAUUCUUCAACUUGAACGCGACAUGACGCUGAUGAAGAAAUUACUUAAAAGACAUUCUAAUCCAGAAGGAAUUCAAGAAUUUGCCCUUGAACUUGAUAAGAGGAAGUUCAGGAUUGAGGAACUUGAAGAUACUGUUGCUGAAUUUCAGGAUUUUCUCAAACACAAUCCCGAUGUGAAAGAACUUCAUGAUCUCAGGUGUGAAUUGGCUGACAAGAGUCAAAGAAUUCAAGAACUUGAGGAUUGGAUUCGAAUGAAUGGCGAGAGAGAAAUAAAAAUUGAACGCGAAAGAAUUAUGGAAUUGGAGGAGAUGGUGACGCAUUUAGAAGAUUAUGUCAAGGAGCAUAAUGUUGAUGUAAUCAAACAAAAAUUGAAAGAUCGAGAAGAUAGAAUGGAUCAAUUACAAAAAAGAAUAGACUUUCUUGAGAAGGAAUCUAUGAGAAAUGAGAGAAUCAAAAUUCGUGAUUAUCAAGAUUGUGGUACAAUGAUUGAUAGAGAUUUUCAAUUUGAUGAUAGAAAAUUGUUGGAAAGAGAUCAAAAUUUAAUGGAAAGGGAGAAAAUGAUAAAGCAAAAAGAUCAAAAACUAUUGGAAAGAGAGCAAAUGAUUGUGGAGAAGGAUCAAAAGUUGAAGGAGAGGGAGCAAAAAAUGAAGGAAAUGGAACACGCAUUGUCGGAGAAAGACAACAAGAUACAAGAAUACGAACAGCAGGUGAUUGAGUGGCAGGACAGACUGAAUAAACUCAAAAAGGAAAUGAAUAAACUGGAAAAGGAAUUAGAGGAAUAUGAGGCUGAAGAUAUAGGAGUUUUGAAGGAAGAGAUCAAAGUAAGGGAUGAGAAAGUGGCACAGUUGGAGGAAGAAAUUGAUUCACUGGAAAGAGCCUUUAAUGAAAGAAUUGAUCUCGAGCAGAUCGAAGCUCUCGUGGGUCUUGUCAAGGAAAAGGAGGAACGAGAAAAGGAAUUGGAAACUGAACUUCGAGAGAAGAAGAGUAGAAUCGAGGAACUCAGUGAGGCUCUCAAGGAAAGUGUUUUGAUGACUGACGAAGGGGAGAAGAAAUUAAAGAACGAAAUCGAAUACAAAAAAACAGCCAUUGAGAAGAUAGGGAAAUUGGAGCAAAAGAUCGCUUCAAUCCAAACGGUUUCUGCCCUAAAGUGUCCUACAUGCAGACCAUUGUUGAAUAAACUUCAAAAAUCGGAGAAAAAACUAGAACGUCUUGCUGAAGAACGAACAACUCAGAUGGAGGAUUUACAUCAAAUGAAACGUGAGGCGUUAAAAGCAGCAGUUUCUGAGAAAGAUGCACAUUUGGCAUUAUUGGAGCUAACGGGUUUGAAAACCGCAACUCAGAUCGAACAAGCGGAGAAUCUUAAGGCAGAACGAAAGAUGUUACUGGAGAAACUUAAAGAAGAGGAUGAGAGAAGUAUCGAGUUAACAGCGGAAUCGAGUAGUUCAUCAACUCAAUCGAAAAAUGAGCCUGUUAUCAGUCACAAUCUUGACAAUAGAAAUCGUCCUGAUAGUGAAGAAGUGUUCUUCAAUAAAGAACAAUUCCUGACGAAAGAGAAGAUUGGAAUGAAAUCAAUGAAGAAAGCAGUUCGAAAAACAACAAGUACAUAUUCCGAGAGGGCAAAGGAAAGCAGAUAAGUAGACAACAUUAAGAAUUGGUUCCUUCGAUGUUGUCAUAUGUGCACUCGCAAUUCUAGAAUAAAAAUCUAGAUCAUUUCUAGAGUCUAGAAGCUCUUUAACUUCUGUUUGUGGUGUAUUUCUAUCAUAAAGCGACCAUUCUUUUCACGCUUUAUCCUUGAUCAUCUUCAUCAACAUUCUGAUCAACAUCAUCAAUAUCAUCCGCAACAUUAUCAUCAUUAUGCAAUCGCCAUUCUAUCUCAUCAAUUCGGCUUUCUGUGGCCGAUAAGAAGUUCAAAGGCGGUAACCGAUUGGACCUCUUGAAGAAAACCCGAAGACUAAUUCAGCCUGAGAAAUAUAGACAAAACAAAUUUUAGAAUUCCAUAGAAUAUGGUCUUCUAAUUUAUUAUUUCUCGAGACUGAAUUCAUUCAGUCUCAAUUUUUCUUUUCUUUUUAAGUCGAGUGCUUAUUCUUCCAAAGUGUUCGAUUAAUUCAAGCUCAUUGAGCGUGAAAGUCUUUUUUAGAAACUUAAGAACAGUGAUAACCGCGAAAGUGUAGAGUCCUUCUUGAGAAUUGUUGUUUUUUCUUUUUGUUUUCUUAUUUCAUCGAGGAGGAUUUCCUAAACGCGUUCUUUUUGACCAUUGAAGAAACUCUUUUCAAAUAAGAAAAGCAGGGAUAACUCUCACCAUUUAACAAUUUACAGUUGUAGCCUAACUGAUUAAUAUUCAAUUACUUCUAAAUAAUAAUAAUAAUAAUACUCUGCCUAUAUUUCUGAAUGUCUUACUUGACACUGGGCCAAAAAUAAUAAAAACGCGAGAGUGUUAUUUUGACCUUCAAUGAUUAUAUAGAUGUAGACUUGAUUAGAAGCUCUAGCUCUAUAAAGACGAGGAGAAAUGAUCUUUCCAUCAGCUAUUAAAUACAAUUACUUUUCGAGAAAAGUAAUUUUUGGAAAUUGAAAUUAUUUUCCAAUAUAACUGACGGAUCGAACAGGUUUAAAAAAAAGAAUAACCCAUGAAACUUUGAGAAUCACCUGCAAUCAGCGUGAUACAAAUCAAUAUCUCCCCGAAGAAGCUAAUUGCAAAUUCCAUUCCUUUUUUGCAUUGUCUCAGAGUUUUCCAAAAACGAAAAAAAAGUAAUUUAGUUUAGCAGAAAAUUUAAAUUAAGCAAGAUCGUGAUCUUGUACAGUUUUUUUUCAUUUGGAUUUCUCGUCACGGGUCCAAAGGUCGUCAUUGUAUAGAGUACGAUUUAGUACUACAGUUAAAGAUAUUGAAGAGAUAAUCUAAUGUGUAAGCAAAUAAAAUUUGUAAAAUACGGAGCGGGAAAAAAGUUUAGGGAGUUAUAGAAAAGGGGGAUUGUUAGAAGAAGAAAAAAAAGUAAUAAAGAGAGUGAGGGAAAAAUUGUCAAAAUGGACGAAGAGACGCAAAGAGAGAAUGAAGAAAAGAUAAAGGACUGACAAUGAAAAGCAAUUUUUUUUGGGCUCAGGUGCUGAAUCGUUUUUAUGAUGACAAUAAUAACCAUUCGUACGCAUCUCGCGUCGCUAUGAACUCGGAUAAUUUCUUCUUUUCAACAAUUAGAUCUGAAAAAAUUUUUUGACAAUUUAAAUAAAAUUAAAUAAUUAAGAAUCUAAGAAAACUAAAAUUUAUCUAAAUGCAAAAUUACUUUUGUGAUGAGAGUGUAAAAAUUUUUUAAAUUAAAAAAAUCAAACUUGAAUCCCAAAGAAAUUUAUUUCUAAAAAUAUUAAAACUAAAAAAAAACUUUAAUUCUUAAAACAAGAAGAAAUGAAAAGAAUAUUAUCCGAGUUACUUGAUCUUUUGUAAAUAUUUCAAUGAGUCUCUCAGUUCUUCGUCCAAUUCCAAAUCCCUUGUGUUAGAAAUAUUAUUAUUGAUGCAAUUCGAAUUGAUAUUUAUUAUGAAAGAAAUAAAAAAAUGAAAAGAAAUAAUAUUUGAAAAUCGUAUCUAAUGGCGUGUUAUUUAUCCAUAUUAAAAAAAAAAAGUGUAAUGAAGUAGCAAAGAAAUCGUUAGAAUUGAAAAUCGAAUUCUUGUAUAAAGUCAUUAUUGAAAAUGUGUUUUAAAAAAGAAAAGAAAAAGAGUCAAUGUAUCCAACAGAGUUAAUCGCUAUAUAAAAAAAUGUAUAAUAGAGUGUUAAGAAAUUAUCUAACUCGUUGCUUAAUAAAACCUUUAAUCUUUAUUUUAAUGUCCACGUGAAAAAAAUAAUAUAGGCUGUUAUAUUUCUAGUCUUUAAUAGUCUCAGGUUUUUAUAUAAGUUAAGAAAAUAUGAUGCACCAAUCAAUAUAAAAAUAUAAUUGUUUAUAGUAUAAUUAAAUUCUCAAAAAAAAUUUUAUAGAAUAAAAAAAGAAUAUUUAUAGAAAAGAAAAAUCUAUACAACUUCUUCAUUGCAGAACAAUUAGUUUAUUCUAUAAAAAUAAAUUCUAUUAUAGAGAAUUAUAAUCUUAGUUAAUGAGAAAUUUUAUUAUUGAUAGUUUAUAGAUACGUCAACGUCUAUCAAAAACAAUGGAUCAAAAUAGAUUAAAUAAUUUUUCCCUUGUUCUUCUUCUUUACAACAGAGAAAAGAUAAUUUCCAACGCUCUAUGUAUAGUAGAAUAUGAAUAAAUGUUUUUUUUUUUAAGAAAGAAAGAAGAGGAAUCAGGUGUAGAAUAUAUUUAAGAAAAAGAGCCGCCUCUUUGCUGAUCUUCGAUGUUACCCCGAGUUAUGAGUCGCGAAUUUAAAAAAAGCUUUUAUCAGCGAAAGUUCGACGUUAUCUCCUCGUGUACGGAAAUUAGGUCCGAUGUGCGGAGAUGCAAGCCUGUUAGACUAUAGAAAAAGAAGAAUAUGUGUGUAAAUUUAGUUAGCUAGAAUGGAGAGACUGAAAGAUGCUAUGAUUAUAAAUGGAAUUAUAAAAAUGAAUGCUUUUCAAUGCAUCUGAAUGUUCAAAAUAGAUUUUGAUUGAGAGAAUUUAAAAACGGAUGCUGCAUUCUGUUAAACUGUUUCCAAAACUGAUCUGUUACAUCCCUAAAAAUGCAUUCUUGAAAAUUAAACUGAUAUGCUGUAUCCUUAAAAAAAAAUUUUCAAAAAUUUUGAACAAAUGCUACAUUAUAAUUGAAUGCUAUGUAUGUAUUAGGGAAAAAAUGCUAAAUGUUAAGGUUUGCUUAGAAAAGUUACAAUAAACCAAAUAUCUAAUAAAAAUAUCUGUAAGAGAUAUAAAAAAAUGAGAAAAAGAAAAUAAAAUGCGAUUUGAAAUUGAACGGUGACAACGGGUUGUGCAGGACAUUAGUUAACGUGCCACCGUCAUAUCAAGCCUAUAUCAUCGUGUUACGUCGUGUAUUUAAGAAAAUUAAUAUUAUAUCGUUAACGAAUAAAAAAACAUUGUUAAUGGAGUAUGCCUGUUUUGAAAGUGUGUAAUGGAUUUAUCACUUCGUUCAUAGUUGAAUCUCAAUGUAAGUUUACGAAUAAAAAAAAACAGACACAUACAUUGUCAUAUAGACAUUUUUCUCUUUAUAUAUAUAUAAGGAAUUGUUGAAAAUUAACAGAGAAAAAUGAAAUAGAAUACGCACACAUUUUCUAUAAUUUCUGUUAAAGAAAACAUGGACAGAGAUUUUUAAUAGCAUAUUUGAUUUUAUAUCAAAAUUAUUUUUUUUUAAUUAACGAAAUUCAUCGAACAACUUUGAUAACAUUAUCAUCGGUUUAAGAAUUCUGUUUUGCUUUUUUGGGUAAAUAUUUCUCAAUUGACAUAAUAUAAUUUUACAACCAAAUAUGAAAUUAAAAAAUCGAUUCAUCUGAGAAAAAAUUGAGAUACCUCUACGAGCGAGGAUGAAAAAAUCCGAACGUUAAAAAAUCGAAUUUCUUGUUGACCUAUAGAUUCUACUUUAUUAUUUUAUUAUUAUUGUGCUAUAGCCAAUUCAGAGUUUCAAAAUACACCAUGUUAUAGAUGAAAUCUAUUCGAGUAGCUUAAACAAAAAAAACGACCGAUUCUACGUCCGCUGCAAUUCUCUUUCUGUAUACAAUAUAAUUACCACCGUUUUACAAAACAAAAAUAAUAAAUUACAUACAAUAUACAUAUACAUACAUAUAUAAAUAUAAAAAAAAAUUCACUCACACAGGCCAACAAGGUUUUUCCAUAUACAUAUAUACAUAUAAAUAUAUAAAUAAAUAUUGAUUCUCUAUUUAUCGUGCACCGAAUUGCGUGUAAAAUCCUCAAGAGAGAGAGGCUGUCUCGAUUAUUUUUCGACUCGACUAUUUAGUAUGUUUACGAAUGUUUUUUAUCUGAAAUAAUUACUAAGAAAUCAAAUGGACUGAUCAGGGAUUCACGGCCCGGAAGCUUUUUAUGCUGAAUCGCAAAUUACAUUUAAAAAAUUUUAAAAAAGUGCUUUUCUCCUGCUUCUUGUCCUUCACCAUAUUAAACAAAAAGAAAAAAAAAUCCCUAAGCAAAUUAAUGUACGUGGGAGAUAUUCAUCAUACUGAAAAAUAAUUAGACUGCUUGUUUAAAAUUUUCAUUUAUUUUUUAAUUAAUUAUUUUCAUUAUUAUUAUUAAAAAUUCAAUAAGAAAAUUUCUAAAUUUUUUUAUUUCAUUCUUUAGAUAACAAGAAAAUUAUUUUCUUAUGACAAAAAAAAUUGCCUGAACCAAAAAUUUUUUUGUUAUUUUAAUAAAAUUUUGAUUAAUUUAAUUUUGUUGCCUUAAUUAAAAACUAAAAAAAUUAUUAAAAAAGUUUUCAAUUUUAUUAAAAUUAUUUUAUUCAAUCAAAAACUAAUGAAUGUUUAUUUAAACAAGCAGUCAAAUGAAUAUUAAAAUAUUUCUAAUUAAACAUAUAUAAUAAAUUAUAUAAAUAAUAUAUAUCCCAGGCCGAGGAUCCGUGUUUAAUCCUUAAAAAAACGACUUGGCUCCCCGCCCCCUUUUUUUAUUCUUCAAUUUCUACGUGUUACUGCUAUAAGGUAAGACCGUAAGUACUCGAGUGACAUGCAUACAACUUAUAUUGUAAUAAGGACGUAAGACAACUUAUUUCACUCGCGUGUAUAUAUCUAAAAAAACGAGAAUUAAAAAAAAAUAUUCGCCUAUUCCUAAACAACACUUUAUAGGAUAAAAAAAAUUUGGGGAGAGAAAGAGCGAGAGAGUGAGAAAAAUUGAAAACUGAUUUUAAAGAUUUGAGUCACAGUGAGAAAGGAUGAAGAAAAUAAGGAGAAUAAAAAAAAUUAUAUAGAAUAUAAAUCAUUAAAAUCUAAGCUAAAAAAUAAGCUAAAAAAAAUAAAUAAAAAUUUUAUUGAAGUAUAUUGUUGCAACUGCCAUGCUGUGUGCCAUUAUAUCUAAACAAGUCACAUUUGUCGUAAAUGAAAAAGGAAAAAAAAAUUUAACAAAAAAUAUAUACGCGUCUCGUCUAUCUGAACUUCUAAUACAUUAUUAUGUUAUAUUCCCUGAAUACAUUUUGCUCGAAGUAGUGCUUCGAAAGACAGGUCGGUUUUUAUAUUCUCAUCUGGUUCAUAUAUAUAUAUUAUAAAUAUUAUAUUAAUAUAAUUCGAUUUUACUAAUUGGAUGUUAUGAGAUUCAAGGUUGUGAUCAAGUGUCAUAUAUAUACUAGAAAUCCACCUGUCGAUCGAGACGUUCAUUCAACUGGUUAGGACAUUUUUAGAAAAAAAAGAAACUGUUCCACGUAUUCAAUUAACAUUUUUUAUUUUAUAAAAAGCAUUUUCGAAAUUUAAUUUUUUUAUAAAAUUAUUAAUUUUAUUUAAAAUUUGUUGAAACGGUGAAAAAUUAUUGUUGUUACAUAGUCAAUUUGUAAACCGCUUUAAAAAUACAUUAUUGUUAAAAAUAAAUUUUUUCUUUUCUAUAAAAUUACUUUUUUUUGUAUAUCUUAUUAUAUUUUUACGAAAAAAAAAUAUAAAUGUAAACAAUAGUUUUUUUUUCUAUUCAUUAAGUACAAUGUGAACUUUGCAUAUAUAUAAAAUAAUUAUAAUAUUUUGUACGUAUAAAAAAUGAUUUAAAAGAAAAAGAAUGUUGAAAACGAAAAAUUUCUAUAAGAAAAAUUUAAUUAGAAUAAAAAGAAGAAUACGUGAGAAUAUUGUAAUAUUUCACAAAAUAAAAAUGUGACAAGAAUUAAUUUUAUGGAGGAUACCUUCUCGUAUCGAAAUUUAUACAUUAAAUUAUUAAAAAAAAAUUUGUAGUUAAAGAAAUUCCAAGUUCAAAUUUUCUAUAUUGCAAAAAUUUAUACUUUUGCAUUAAAAAAUAAACUUGUUAUUAAUUUGAGUAAUUUUAGAAAUAAUUUUUGUUUUUUUACGUCAAAUUAAUUGGAGUUAAUUUAAUUAAUUAGUUAAUUAAUUGGAAAUUUUUAUACGGGAACGUAUUCGUUAAACUUGAGAAAAAUUGGAACUUCACUGAUAGCGAUGACAGUCCACAGUUAAAUGGCGGCGGGUUGUGUGAAUUAUUUAUGCAAAACAACACAAAAAAAAUGAGGCGUUGAUCCAUCAUAGAUUCAAGCACAAUAAGGACUAGUAGGGCCAGGCACAAUAAAAUUUGGCCGACACAUUGUAGGCAGCGAUCUGUUAGAGCGACAAGUCAUAUAAAUACCUAUAUAGCGAGAAUAUUAAAUAAACACAUAUUGUCUAUUGUCA